AUGGGUUUUGGGGUAUUGGAACCCAAGGCUGAAGGCCACGUGCCCGGCACUGUCUACCUCUACGACGAGAAUCAGCCAGAAGGCACUCAGGACACCAGCCUCCUCAAGCACGGCACUGGCAAAUAUUCCCACGUCGUUCUUACACCACAACCCUCGGACGACCCUAAUGACCCUCUAAACUGGUCGAGCUUUGAGAAGCACGCCGUGCUAGCCAUCUUAGGCUUUGGUGCCAUUGUUUGCGGCGCCGGACCGGGCGCCAUUCUUCAGGCGGGUGUCUUGCCCAUCUCUCAGUCCUUAGGCGUUAGCUUUACCCAGGUCACCCUACUGGCCGGCUAUGUACUGCUCUCAGCCGGGGCCUUUGGUGUCUUUGUCUCUGGUCUCGCGCGCAAAUUCGGAAAGCGACCUUUGUACAUCUUCUGCUCUCUAAUGGCCGUUACCGGCUGUAUCAUCGGCGAAUGUGCGCAGACCUAUUCGACCCUAGUUGCGGCACGAGUCGUUCAGGGGCUCGGUGUGGGGGCAUACGAGUCACUCAUUGUCGCCUCCAUUGGCGAUCUCUUCUUCGUCCACGAGCGCGGUUCCAGAGUGGCUGGUGUUAUCUUUCUGCUCUCCACCGUCGCGAACGGUGUUCUCGUCAUUGCGGGACCCAUCACGGCCAACUUGGGAUGGCAUUACAAUUUCCACAUCCUUCUGCCGUUCCUCGGUCUCCAGCUCCUAUUGACCAUCUUCUUCGUCCCGGAGACUACGUAUAUCCGUAAGAAGAUUUACGAAAUCGAUGAGACAGGUUCUGAUCAGAACCUGGCGGCCCUAGGCCAGGACGUGGAACGACAUCGUUAUGCGAACGAGAAAGUCACCAAGACCAAGAGUGAACAAGCCGAAAACAUCUCACAGAUUUCAGUCCCGCCCACCCGCAAGACGUAUAUUCAGCGCCUAGCCGUGUUCAACGGCGUAUUUGUCCGCGACUCACUUCUGAAGAUGGUGACCGCACCAGUAGCGAUUCUUCUCAACGUCGCCGCAUCAUACAACGUUCUAGUGACUGGCAUCACACUAGCCUGGUAUGUUGCCAUGUCCAUCGUCUCAUCCAUAAUUUUCAGCUCGCCCCCCUAUCUACUUACCCCAGCAGGGGUUGGCUACACUUCUGCCGCUCCCAUGAUCGGAGGCAUCAUCGGCUCGAUCUUUAUGGGCGUCAUCGCCAAACCUCAGCUAAUGUGGAUGGUAAAGCGAAAUAACGGGAUCUACGAACCUGAGUUCCAGCUCCUGGGGAGCGCAGUAGGUUCCAUCACCUCCAUCGCCGGUAUGGUGGGAUUUGGUUACGCAGCCCAGAACUUCCAAUCCAUCUACGUGAUCUGCUUCUGUUGGGGACUGAUGAUGUUCGGACUCUGCAUCAUCAACAUCAGUCUCAGCGGCUACGUCCUGGACGCCUAUAGAAAGCACAGCACGGAGCUUUUUGUGAUGAACAUGUUAUUCAAGAACUUCUUCUUCUAUGGCCUUACCAACUACAUUGUCGACUGGUUGAUGACUCAGGGUCCGGCCAAGAUGUUCAAUAUCAUCGCGGGCAUCACCGCCGGCUGCGUUCUGACUACCAUCCCCAUGUACAUAUACGGCAAGCGAUACCGCCGAUUCUGGGCACACCACAACCUGAUCAAGAUCUUGCGCCUGGAGACCGAUUUGACGGGAACCGAGGCCGCAGAGUAA